CUCUGGUGAGAUGAACGGGUCAGACAAUGCCACGCUGCAGGGAUACGACAACACGCAGCGUGUUCUCUACGGGUUCCAGCUGUACUACACGCCGCUGCUCGUGUUCCUGGGCACCGUCGGCAACGCUCUGUCCGUGUUCGUGUUCUUCGCCACCAAGCUGCGCAAGCUGUCAUCGUCCUACUACCUGUCAGCGCUCGCCAUUUCGGACACCGGUUUCCUCAUCGCGUUGUUCAUCUCCUGGCUCAACCUCAUCGAUGUCAACCUGUUCAACAUGCCCGGCAUCUGUCAGCUCACAGUGUACCUCACACAGGUGUGCAGUUUCCUGAGCGUUUGGUUCGUUGUCGCGUUCACAGUGGAAAGGUUCAUUGCUGUCAGAUAUCCACUCAAAAGGCCAUCCAUGUGUACAGUGACCAGAGCCAAGCUAGUGUUGUCGGCGCUCACACUGUUCACCCUCAGCAUGUGCAGUCCCUACUUGUUCAUCUCCGCCCCUCAAUGGCGGCCCAACCCAGCUGACAGCAACUCUACACUCCUAGUGUGUAGCCUGGUAGACCACUGGAUGGACCUGGCCACUACACUCAACUACAUAGACUUUGUGGUCACUCUGCUCAUCCCGUUCUGUCUGAUCGUCGUGCUCAACACCCUGAUCAGCAAGACAGUGUGGAGGCUAGCACGAGUUAGGAGGUCUAUGACUAACUCUGGCAAGUCAGAAGUCAACAAUAUCGGUCCGGUGGGGGUGAAGCGUCCGAUCCUCGCCCGAUCACAGUCCAAACAAGCGUCUUCUUCACAGACUAAAGUGACAGAGAUGCUGCUGGUUGUGUCCUCAGUGUUUAUAUGUCUGAACCUACCCUCGUACGUCAUCAGAGUCUGGGUGUUCGUCAACGAGGCUAUACAGACAGAGACGGUGAGCGAAAUAGUGAUACUUCAGCACUACUUCAACCUCCUCUUCAACACAAACUUCGGCAUCAACUUCGCACUCUACUGCGUGUCCGGCCAGAACUUCAGGAGAGCGCUCAUCUCGCUGUUCUGUCCGCGCAUGCGCAAACGCCAGGACACCACGCAGGUCACAGUGGUGUCAGAAUAUACCCGUUCCGCCGGGUCCCUGUAUCGCCGCAGAACUGUUACUUUGAACAACGGUUCCUGGAGGGACAACCACGAGUUGUUACCGAUCACGAAGUAAACAUAACACAACACAAAACAUAACGAAGUCUGGCUGUGGUAGAAAUUAAUGUCAAUGACUAACUCUAAUGUGUAUAUAGUUUAUGUGAAUAAAUGGGGAACGUAUACGUCACGAUUAUAAAUUGAAAGAAAGAGAUUACUUUUUUACAAUUUUAAUAUCAAAGUGUAUUGUUCUUUUAUGUGGUUGUGAUUCUUUUAUGGAUCGUAUGUGUAGAUAAUUGUUAUGUGAAGGGUAGAAAACUAAAAUAUUGUUUUGUAAGAUAAACCUUUCGUAGUUUUCCACAAGAAAUUGUUUAAACGUAAUGUUUGAAAUGUUUGAAUUGGAUUUCCUAAAGUAUUGUCAGUGAAACUAUU